UCGGAGCUCACGAGGAACAGGAGAUCCCCUCCCUUCUUCUCUGUAGCUUUCCUUCAUCAGUCAUCUCUCUCUCGCUCGCUCGAUUCUUCUUCUCUGCGCUGCUUUCCCUAAAUUGCCGGACACAUCGGAGCUUAUUCCUCCGUCGUUUCAUGCAAUGGCAACCAUGAGGGGCUUACUGUCCUUGAAGAGGACAAGCUUGCUUCGGGGGCAUGGUGAGAGGUGGGGUGUGGCCCUUAGGUCAUUUAGCACUGAAGGUGCAAAACCUGCUGCAGGUCCUCAGGCUCAGGCUCAGCCUCCGCCGCCUCCUCCUCCUCCUCCGGAGAAAACCCAUUUUGGUGGCCUAAAAGAUGAGGACAGGAUAUUCACCAACUUGUACAGGUUGCACGACCCUUUCCUCAAAGGUGCUAUGAAACGUGGGGACUGGUACAGGACCAAGGAUUUGGUACUGAAAGGCGCAGAUUGGAUCGUAAACGAGAUGAAGAAGUCUGGACUAAGGGGACGUGGUGGUGCCGGUUUCCCCUCAGGCCUUAAAUGGUCUUUCAUGCCCAAAGUAUCCGAUGGCCGUCCUUCCUACCUCGUUGUUAAUGCUGAUGAGAGUGAACCUGGAACUUGCAAAGACAGGGAAAUUAUGCGCCAUGAUCCUCACAAGCUGCUAGAAGGAUGUUUGAUUGCUGGUGUCGGAAUGCGUGCCUCUGCUGCUUACAUUUACAUUAGGGGAGAGUAUGUCAACGAGCGUAAGAACCUAGAAAGAGCCAGGAAGGAGGCUUACGAAGCUGGACUGUUGGGAAAGAAUGCCUGUGGCUCUGGCUAUGACUUUGAUGUACAUAUCCAUUAUGGCGCCGGUGCAUAUAUUUGUGGUGAGGAGACGGCGCUUUUGGAGAGCCUUGAGGGAAAACAAGGGAAGCCACGAUUGAAGCCACCCUUCCCAGCUAAUGCAGGACUAUAUGGAUGUCCCACAACUGUUACCAAUGUGGAGACAGUUGCCGUUUCCCCCACCAUUUUGAGGCGUGGACCCGAAUGGUUUGCUAGUUUUGGUAGGAAAAACAAUUCGGGCACAAAGUUGUUCUGCAUUUCGGGCCACGUGAACAAGCCUUGCACAGUUGAGGAGGAGAUGAGUAUUCCUCUGAAAGAGCUGAUAGAGAGGCACUGUGGUGGUGUUAGAGGUGGAUGGGACAACUUACUUGCCGUAAUCCCAGGAGGUUCGUCCGUCCCACUUAUCCCCAAGAACAUUUGUGAUGAUGUAUUGAUGGAUUAUGAUGCCCUCAAGGCUGUCCAGUCAGGACUUGGGACAGCUGCUGUAAUUGUGAUGGAUAAAUCUACUGAUGUUGUCGAUGCAAUCGCAAGACUCUCUUACUUCUACAAGCAUGAGAGUUGUGGGCAGUGCACGCCCUGCAGAGAGGGCACAGGGUGGCUUUGGACGAUCAUGGAGAGGUUGAAGGUCGGGAAUGCAAAGUUGGAAGAGAUCGAUAUGUUGCAGGAGGUGACCAAGCAAAUCGAAGGGCAUACCAUCUGUGCUUUGGGUGAUGCUGCUGCUUGGCCUGUUCAAGGUCUCAUUCGGCAUUUCAGGCCCGAGCUAGAGAGGCGAAUCAGGGAGCGUGCAGAGAGGGAGCUCCUGGAAGCUGCUGCUUAAGAUUUAUGUUCAGCAGGCAGAGCUGUUGCACUGAUGCUGUUGGAAUAAGAAUGAGAACAACCCGGAAUUGUCGGGUGGAGAAGCGACUCGAGCUUCUGGAUCCUUUUGUAGCACUUCAAUUCCUUAAAUGUGUACCCCGACCAAACAAAUGGACUUCAGCUUUGCAGUCGAGGGAGGAGCUUGUGAUCUCUUCUGAAAUGUGUAUGUUGGGAGAUUUUUUUUGUUUAUGCCAUUGCCAUAAUUAUAUGUUUUCACCAAAUAUCAUGGGACACGCGUUUUCCUUGAAAAAGCUUAGGAAAAAUAUACUCUUGAUGAUUUA